AUGUCUGCAGGGCCGUUUCCAGAUUUCUCUGCUAGCAGAUCUUCUCAACCUGGAUUAUAUUCCCUCACAGGCAAUUCCAUUGACGGCAAGGGCGGAGCUAGCCUAGGAAAGCCUGAUCUCCUGGUGAGCCCAGCCAUGGAUCACACAGGCCCGGAUGAAGAUGGGCUCCCAACAAACACGAACCACUCGCGCAUGCACAAUCGUAAUCGCUCCAGCGUCGAUGGAACCAAAUACAAGGAUGGACAAUGGUCGCCAGAUAAUGAGAGAAUCGUUCUGGGACCAUACGAUUAUAUGCUACAGCACCCCGGCAAAGACAUACGGCGGCAGCUUAUCAACGCUUUCAACGUAUGGUUGAAGGUACCCCCGGAGAGCCUCUCAAUCAUCACAAAGGUGGUGGCCAUGCUUCAUACUGCAUCGUUACUGAUCGAUGAUGUCGAGGAUAACUCUAUUUUGCGACGCGGUAUUCCCGUAGCUCAUAACAUAUACGGCACCGCGCAAACCAUCAACUCUGCGAACUAUGUAUAUUUCCUUGCUCUGCAAGAGGUGCAAAAGUUGAACAACCCCGCUGCGAUUGACAUCUACGUCCAAGAGUUAUUGAACCUACACCGCGGUCAAGGAAUGGAUCUCUUCUGGCGAGAUACUCUGACUUGCCCCAGCGAGGACGAGUAUUUGGAAAUGGUCGGUAACAAAACUGGGGGUUUGUUCCGACUUGCAGUGAAGUUGAUGCAGGCUGAAAGUAGCUCCGGAAAGGACUGCGUGAGCCUCGUCAACGUCAUGGGGCUGAUUUUCCAAAUCUGCGACGACUACCUCAACCUGUCCAACACUACGUACACCAAGAACAAAGGUCUUUGUGAAGAUCUCACGGAGGGAAAGUUCUCCUUUCCCAUCAUUCAUAGUAUCCGAUCCAACCCCGGAAACCACCAGCUCCUGAGUAUUCUCAAGCAAAAGACGAAAGAUGACGAAGUCAAACUGUAUGCAGUCAGUUACAUGGAGAGCACUGGCAGUUUUGCGCACACGCGGGACGUGGUCCGAGAAUUGCGAGCCAAAGCACUGACCCUAAUUCAAGCGAUCGAUGGUGACCAAGCAGAUGGACGCGAAGACGGCGCCAUGGUUCGGGCGAUCCUCAACAAGAUCACCGAGUCGACACUGGGGGAGUGUGGUCCCCAGUAG